AUCUCAAAAAAAAAAAAUUGCUGCUUAUAAUUACCUAAUAUUUUGGUAUAUUUCCAUAUGAAAAAUAUUUUUUUCCUGUAUUUUACAAUUACUAUGGGAUCAUGCCCCUCUUUACAUUAUAAGCAUUUCUCCAUAUUUUUAAAUAGACAAGAGUAACAAAUUUGAUUAAUAGCAUAUUGUAUAAUUAGAUGUCAUUGCAAUUUUUCAACCAAUAUUCAAUUCGAUAUUUAAGUUUUUCCCAGUUUUUUACUUUUCUGUUCUUUUUUAUUCUGCUUUUCUAGUUCUUAGAGAGUUGGUUUGCCUUAAAUCUUUCUACUUAGAAGCUACUCUACUGUAAAUUUCUUGACCCUGAACAAACCUAAGAAUGAACAGUUUGGUCCUGCUUCUUUGGUUCACAGUCUCAUUAGCAUGUAUUCCAUGAAUCCUAAAACACAAAGUAACAAGGACCUUUAAAUUUUUACUAGGUUGUUUCACAGUGCAAAAGUCCUAAAGCUUUUACUUGAAAGGUUUCCAAAUUUAAAAAUAGUCUGUGUCCUCUGAUUCCAUAGAAUUCAAAAUUAAUCUUAGAUGUACAAUAACAGACUGCAGAGACCACCACAGUUCUGCUUUCCAUAAUGAAAUAUCAAAUUCAAAAUAUGUAACACUGAUAUAACAAUAAUAUACUGUCUACAUUGAAAUUUCAUCAAUGUCCUAGUAAUGACCUCUAUUGCAAUUUCACCUCCAGACCAGGAUCCAAUCCUGAUUUAUUUAGUUGUCCAUUAAUUAUUAUGUUUCUUGGUCUCAUUUAUUCUUCUGUAUAUUUCUUCAAGUAAUUGAUCUCAUGUAAGUUAUCAAAUUCUUAGCAUAAAAUUGUUUGUAAUAUUCCCUAGCUAAUGUCAAUUGGAUCUAUAAUAAUAAGCCUACUUUCAUUUUGAGUUAUUUGUGUCCUAUCUUGUUUUUAUUUAAUCAGUCUAUGUUGUAGUUUAUCAAUUUUUUAGCUUUACCUUUAUAAUUUUAAAAUUAUUUAUAUUGUUCAUCCUUUAUCAUUCAGUUUGAAAUAUUUCCUAAUUUCCAGCAUGAUUUCUUUUUGACUCAUGAGUUAUUAGAAAUGUUUAAAAUACUUGAGAGUUUUCUAGAUACCUUACUGUUUUUAAUUACUAAUUUCAUUGAGAAUAUGUAAUUUCAGUGCUUUUACAUGUAUUGUAAUUUUAUGGCCCAACUUAAGGCCUAUCUUGUUGAACAUGCCAUGUACAUUUGAAGUUAUUGAGGUAAUUAGGGUAAGGUCAUUAAACUGUUCAAAUCUAUUGUUUAAAGGGGGAUUUAAAAAUCUCCAUUCAUGGUUAUGGAAUUGCCUAUUUUUCCUAUUUCUCCCUUUAAUUCUGUCAAUUUUUGCCCUAUUGAUAUCUUAAAAUCCAUUAUUUGGAUUUAUGAUUUUUAUGAUCCUGUCAUAUAGAUAUAUAAUAUUUAUAAUUAUAGUCAUUACUACUUUGGGUUUCUUAUGCUUACUGUUGCAUGGAAUGUAUUUUUUCCAUUCACUUAGUUGCAUUCUGUCAAUGUAAACUACAUUAAUAAUUUUUCACCACUAUCCAGAUUCUUAGUAAUUCAUUCCUUGGUUUGUUUAAAGAUUUACUCCAAAAGUAUGGCCUAUAGUUUUAGUUCAGCAAAUAUAAGUUUGAGAGAUUGAUUUGUGUGUAUUUAUGACAAUAUUAUAAUAUUCUAACAAUAUUAUGUUUGUAAGAUUUAUCCAGGUAAUUGCAUGUAGUUGUAAUUCAUUUAUUUUUGUUCUCUAGAAGAGGAAUGGCUGGGUCAAAAGUUAUUCAUAUUGUCACAUUUAUUAGACAAUGUCAAAUUGCUUUCUGAAGUGGUGGUACCAAUUUAUAUUCCCUUAGUAGGGCUUGAGUCUGAGUGAUUCACUUCAUAACCAACUCUUAUUUUUGGAAUUUUUAAUUUUUGCCAACCUUAUAGGUAUGAAAUAUGCCCCAUGAUUUUAAUUUGCAUUUCUUUGAUAAUAAAUGAGAUUAAGACUUUUUCCCAUAUGCUUAUGCUUGUGUCUCAUUAGUACCUGUUUAAGUCUUUUUCUCAUAUUUAUCUGAGAUUUUUAGACAUUACUUUUUUCGGAAAAGUCCUACUAACACUUCAUUCUAUAGCUAUUUCAAAAACCUGUGUGAAUUAGUUGAGAGGGAUUAGUAGGAGAUUUGGUGCUCCCUACAUUCUGAAAGUGGGGCUUGAGUAUUUUAUUACUGGUUACUGUGAUCACAUUUGUAUUUUUCAGCUUAUGUUGUCUCAGGAAAGAAUGACUUGCAAAUGCAGAGCCCUUCAGAAGUUACCUUGAGUAUUUUAUUGUAGAGGAAAUAUAUGCCCUAAUGGUGCCAAUAGAGGUCAAACAACUUCUAUAAAUAAAAUUAUUAAAAUAUGUGAGUAAAAUGUAGUGACAAUCCCUAAGAGAGAGAGAUUUCAAGAGAACAGAAAAUGAACAGGGAAAAUAGUGGUACAUUUAUUGAAUUCAGUAACUGUUAAAAGUUAAUAAGAAACUAAGGCAAAUGGUAUGUGGUAAUCUGGCUCUGAAGUUAGCUCUGUUACUCUUCAAAAGGCAUAUUUGAGGUUUUGGCCUCCUGGGCAACUUGCGGUGGAGUUCUGUCAUUUUCCCUUUACUGCUGGAAAAGAAGGCUCAAGAGGAAAAGUCCAGGUUUUGCUGAAGAUAUUCAUCUUCAUCAUCCCAGGUGCCACACUACAAGAAUGAUUCAGUUGACAGCUACCCCUGUGAGUGCACUUGUUGAUGAGCCAGUGCGUAUCCGAGCUACAGGCCUGACUCCCUUUCAGGUGGUGAGUUUUAAGGCAUCACUGGAAGACGAAAAGAGAAAUAUGUUUUAUUCUCAAGCCCACUAUAGGGCCAAUGAAUUUGGUGAGGUGGACCUGGAGCAUGCUUCUUCACUUGGAGGGGAUUAUGUGGGAGUCCACCCCAUGGGUCUCUUCUGGUCCCUAAAACCCGAAAAGCCAUUAAAAAGACUGUUGAAAAGAGAUGUGAUGAAUAGCCCCUUUCAGGUCCAAUUAAAACUUUAUGACUUAGAGGCACUACCGAGCAGUAAAGCUACCAGUGCUCCAAAGGCCAGCCUGACUCUGAAGAGGUGGUAUGUGGCACCUGGUGUCACACGAAUUCAGGUUCGAGAAGGCCGCCUUCGAGGAACUCUCUUUCUCCCUUCAGGAGAGGGUCAAUUCCCAGGGGUAAUUGAUUUGUUUGGUGGUUUGGGUGGGCUGGUUGAAUUUCGGGCCAGUCUGCUAGCCAGCCGUGGCUUUGCCUCCUUGGCCUUGGCUUACCAUGACUAUGAAGACCUGCCCUCCGAUCCAGAAGUAACAGAUUUAGAAUAUUUUGAGGAGGCUGCCAACUUUCUCCUCAGACAUCCUAAGGUCUUCGGCUCAGGCAUAGGGGUAGUCUCUGUAUGUAAAGGAGCAGUGAUUGGGCUGUCUAUGGCUAUUCAUCUAAAACAAGUCACAGCCGCGGUACUUAUUAAUGGGACCAGCUUUAAUUUUGGCGUUCCACAGGUAUAUCGUGGUCAGAUCUAUCCGCCCCUUCCCUAUUCUCCACAAUUAAUAUCCACCAAUGCCUUGGGGUUAGUAGAGUUCCAUCAGAUUUUUAAGGAAACUCAAGUUGGGGCCAGUCAGUAUUUUUUUCCCAUUGAAGAGGCCCAGGGGCAUCUCCUCUUCAUUGUGGGAGAAGAUGAUAAGAAUCUCAACAGCAAAGCACAUGCUGAACAAGCCAUAGGACAGCUGAAGAGACAUGGGAAGAACAACUGGACCCUGCUAUCUUACCCUGGGGCAGGCCACCUGAUAGAGCCUCCCUAUUCCCCUCUGUGCUGUGCCUCAAUCAUGCACGAUUUGAAGAUAUACUGGGGAGGAGAGGUGAUCCCACACGCGGCUGCACAGGAACAUUCUUGGAAGGAGAUCCAGAAAUUUCUCAGGAAGCACCUCAUUCCAGAUGUGACCAGUCAACUCUAAGAAGACUAGAUAUUCCUAGAAAAUAAAGAAGCAAAUCUCUUUACCAGAACCUUCUCUCAAUUUUCAUGGAGGAAUGUCCUCCCCCCAACACACACAUUUUUUUAAAAUUAAUUUUGAUGAUUAAAAAGAGCACAGGGUAAAAACCUGAGAUUUCACUUAUACUGCAUAACAAGCUGACCAAAUUGGACAUGGUGGAUAAAUCAUAAAACAAAUAAUUUUACUUAUUAUUUACAUGACUUUUCUUACCAUCAGGUUUUCUAAAUGGGACUGAGGUAUAGUACACUGGCAAAAAUAAGAAAAGGCAAACAAGAAUAGCACCAAAGUAACAGAUACCCAAAACCAAAUACCAUGUCAGAAAACACCAUAUAGUAACAAUUUAUCAGAUUAGUGCAGCAGGAGAAAGUUACAAUUAAUUAUUUUAGUGAUAUUUUUCAACUUCACUACAGUAAAUUUGCAACAUCAUUUUUCAUUUGAGGAGUAGUAAAAUUCAGGUCAAAAAGGAAAGAAGGAAUGGAGCAGGUCAGUUAAUUCAUUCCAGUAAAUUACCUCUUCAGUUCUGAAAAACAUGCCCAUUAGCACAUAACUGAGACACAAUAACUAAGACUAGAAGAGACUUGGUUUAAGUUGUGAAGCAAAUUCUAAUGGAAAAUACAAGAAAAUGGAACCAAUGAGUUUGAAAAUGCCCCUUACUGAAAAUAUGUACUAAAAAUAAAAUUAAUAAAAGUGAAAAUAGAAACACGACUCUAUUAGUACAUACUAGCCUGAGUAGUUUGAUGAACUUAGUGAUUGGGCCAACUGACACUGUACUUCCAUCAGUCAUGUUAGAGUAACACACAAAUGUGAGCUCUAUAUGGGCAGGUACUAUAUUUUCAUAAGACCCAAAUAGUUACUGUACAUCC